AUGAGCCGGUUCAACACACUCAAAACAAUGUCGAUCAUCUACCCCCGGGGCCCUGCCCACACAAGCCCAAACACAGCCCGGCCACACCCAGAGCACUCAGAUUUCCCCACCACCACACAUGGCUCCCUCCCCCAUCCGACGGGAACAUCUCCCAAUCCAGAUGCUACUGCUACGGCCAGUCCCCCUGCUCCCUCGCAGCAGCAGCCCUUGCCUAGUCCAGACCAGCCGUUUGCGUUGGGUCCUAAUGGCAUUCCGCUUCAUCCCGAACUGCGGUCCGUUCUGCGUCUCAACUCGGUCCACCAACAAAAGAUAUACUAUUCUGGUCGGCUAUCUAAGCGUGUUGAACGUGGAACCGAUGGCUCGCGUCCGGCCAAGGACGAAGGUUGGAUCGACAUUUGGUGCCAAUUGGGUGGAGUCACCCUCAGCAUAUGGAGCAUGCGAGCGAUUGAGGAGGCAAAUGCUCGUGGUGAACAGGUUCCGCCACAGUAUAUCAAUGUUACAGACGCAGCAGUAACGCGGAUCUCCCAGUUUGUUCAAGUUCUUGGUAGUGUUACAUUCCCCGCCACGGCCACCUCACCAGCCAAACGAUAUACCAACGUUUUGACCCUCAAUACCGCCGGCUCUAACUUGUUGUUGUUUGUCUGCGAGUCUCCGGCCGCACUCGUCAGCUGGGCCGCUGCCUUGCGUUUGGCCGCAUGGGAAAAAUCUCGUCUGGAAGAGAUCUAUACGGCACAUCUUCUCCGGAUCACUCUUACAGAGAGUCGUUCCGACUUCGGCGCUUAUCAAACUUCUGGACCUUCUGUGUUCCAAACAUGGAUUCUAACUUUAGGGAAAGAACCACGAACAACGCUCGUCAAGGGCCAACUGGAAGGUUGGGCUCGCGUAAGAGUCGCCGGACAGACCGACUGGAAGCGUUUUGGGUUGUCAUCUCAGCUGGCUCAUCCAGCUACCAAUCCGGUACGCCGGCUGGGCACCAGUCCACUCUCCCUCACCCGAACCAACUCGCAAGGCUCCCCGAAUACAACUACGCCUAAGAAGGGCCGUCUGAGUGGACUGUUCUCCAAGUCAUCCACCAGCAUACCCCGUCCACCCAAGGAACGCAAACUGCCUGUGCUUAGCGUAUCGAGUGUUACGCAGGCGUUUGCUGUAUAUCCUGAAAGGCCUGAUUUGAUCACCAGAAGCACGUUGGUCAAGAUCGAGGGUCGACUUGGCCGUGAGGAAGGGGCAGGGGCUAUCAAAGGCACCGAGGCAUGGGUGUUAAUUAUGCCCGAGGUUGAGAGUGGUCAGCCAGCUGGACCUAGGAAGAUGUUAGAGUGGGUUGUCGCACUUCAUGAUGCAUUCAACUAUACGCAACUGUUCCUCGAGCGCGAGGGAGCCGAAUCUCUUGACCCCCGUGAUGAUGCCACUCUGUUGGAACUCCUUCGCCUCAGCCGCCAGCGCAACCCGAUAUCCCCCAAGCUCAGCCACUUCCGGUGCAGGUCGGCAGCCUGCGACGGGUGGUCGUGGACCCGCGCUCACCCUAUUACCGAGCGAAGUGGCACUGGCGAGACCCGGGCCAAUACUGCGGGGGAUGGCGUUUCGCCCCCAACUGGUCCGCACAUGGAAGCAGUGGGGACUAACUCGGGUGUUGAGCUAGGUGCUAGUAUUGGCAAUGGUAUUCUUCCCCAGGGCAGUACUCUUGUCAAGAGCCCGAUUGAGGAAGAGGAUGAGAAUAGGCCAUUUGGCCGACCAUGGAGCAACAAUGGAGGCGCGACCGGUGGUCCGGAGGGCGGUGCUCGUCCGCUAAGCAUGGCUUUGGGAGCAGCAAAUAUCGAAGGUCCCGCUGCAACCGGUGCUGAUCCCCACCCACAGGAUAACCAACCUGCUGAAACCCAAUACAGCCGAAGCCCUCUUGUCAGCCAUACUCCCACGAAUCCACCGAGUACCACGGCAUCUGGAUUCACGAGCGCUUGCAGUCAUAAUGUCACGAACACUACGGCUACAGGAUACAGUUCGCCCGAUAUGCGUCUUGGGACCGGCAUUCCUGAGCCCUCAGCUGUUGAUUUGCGCGCUCACUCGAGUGACAGCCCGCAUGAAAGCGAGAAACCAAACUUGACGCCCAUUCGUACGACAGCGCUUUCUCCUCCACCUCGCGGGACUGAAUACCCGGCGACCGGCCAGUCGAUCAUACCCCCAGGAGCACAACCCGCCCUCCAACCAGCCGUUGCACACCCUCCAGGUGCUCAAUCGUUUGAGCGUCAUAAUGACCAAAUUCCCGAGUCACUUCGGUCUCAUACCGACAUGCCUCCCCCUCCUUCUACCCUCCCCGUUCCUUCACACACCCCUGCAUCACAACCCAAUCGCCAAUCUGCUUCGUCUAUCGAAGGAUUUAUCCCAACUGAAGCUGCACGCUGGAUCCUUGAUCACCAUGGCGAGAAUAAUAGGGCUUGGGUGAGCUCGAGCGAAGACGAGGAAGAAAAGGACCUCCCUCAGAAACCAUGGCAGCAAGUACAGGCAAGUGAAAGGUUCUGUUUGGACUCAACUCCGUCCCCUAUUCAGCGUCAAUCUACUCCGAUGGCGUUUACAGACAUGAACAUGGGCUCGAGACCCCAGCAACGCGAUGACAGGCCAACUUCUCAAUUGUAUGCAUCCCCAAGCCGCCACAAUCGAGUCCUUCCCCAGAGUCCCGCCAACAUCUUCCGUUACGUCAGCUCGACGGGUCAGGGUUCGCUUCAUCCGGGAGCAGAAAUCUCGGAAGGAAACCGACAGCCAGAUACCAGCGUUCGAGCUCUGCCUGCUGCUCCUUUACCUCCCAACCCUACGUCCGAUUCUCCGGCCGUUCAGUCCCACCACCACCAUCUCAAUCGCAAUCGGCAACCUCAACCACAAUCUUUAGAAGAUAUGGCCGAUGAUCUUGGCGUCGACGCGCUUGCUGCUCUUUCGUUUGCUGAUCGUGACCCAUCUACCACCACGCCGAGCCUCAACGCCAGCACUCCAGUGGAAACGAACCCUCGAGAACACCGUCCCCCAACGAGCCAGCUGCUGUACGACCACCGCGUCAACAACCAUCAACGCUCGCUCCUCCGUCACAACAGGGCCAAGGCCCAGGCCCACCAGGCCGCAGCCGAAGGUGCGAUGAAACGCCCUGGACAGCAAGACGAGGACGCGUCAGACGAUGAGCCUCUUCGUUCCGGCCCGCCUCUGUUCAUGCGCAGACCAACGUGCUUGCUCCUCAGCCACAACAACAACACCGCGGCAUGUUCCUCGGUACCGGACACGGAUCUACCACGGACUUGCACUCUCAAACUCCUCCUGGCGCUCGUCCACUUCCUUUCUCCCGAUUCCCAUCAACAGGGUCGUCCCUUGCGCGGGCUACCGGCUCUGCCAGGUUAUGCUCCUAUGAAUGGUUCUACUGAUCAGUUUGGUCAAGGCCGUCUUCCUAUGGACCCGGUAGCGGUCCCCCAAGUCGUGCUGUAUCUCAGGCUUAUGAUGAAGGUCCUCAACAACCACUCCGCCCCCUCAGGCUCAGAUGCUGCAACAGCCGUAUCGCGCGUCAGCCCUGGCCAAAAGGACACAUUUGUGCAGAUCAACCCGAACGAGACCAUGACCAAAGCAUUCACUCCCCAAGGUCUUCUUCAAGCUGGUCUUCAAGACAAACACGAUCGCUCUGCCAAACGUCAGGAAGAGCUCGCGCGCGAAUCGGGUGCUUCGUUGCUCAACGUUCCAACAAGCCGCUCCUCCCAAACUGGUCUUCUCGGUGCCGUUUCCGCCCAUGAACGCGACAGGAAACGCGACGGCGGGUUUGGUGCAGUUCUUACUGAACGUGAACGCGAGAAGCGUAUGGCCGAGCGCCAGCAGCUUGAGAAUGGUCAGAUGUAUGGAGGCAUGAACCCGAUGAUGGGUAUGAAUCCUAUGAUGACCGAAUGGGCUGGGUAUGAACCCGAUGGGCAUGAUGGGCUUCAACCCGAUGAUGGGCGGCUUCGACCCUCAACAACAGUUCCAGAUGUGGGCCGCACAAACAGCUGCAGCCGAGGCUUACCAACGUGCCAUGAUGACGUCUCCCAAGCUGGUUCGGUCGCACCUGGCCAGCAAGACGAUGGCGCCGCCCCUCGUGUGUGGCGAGUCCUAUGCCUGGAAUGGGGAAUGAUGGUGGUAUGCCGGGAUGAUGGGGAUGGGUGGCAUGCCUGGUAUGGGAAUGAACGAUGA